UUUUUCCAUGCUCGUCAGCGAUCAGCCGAACUGCAGAACACAAUCCCCUCUUGCUCGCUUACUCUUGCUCACUUGCUUGCCCCGAGAUCAAUCCCGACACACAACCGACACAAUGGCCCGUCGUCUGACUUCUGUGCUUCGCAUGACCGCCCGCCGCUCCUCUGCCGUGGCCAAGGCCUCGGAGGGCGAGCUCACUGCCCUCAAGGAGAAGGAGAAGCUCCCAUGGGGCCAGCUCACCAACAGCGAGAAGACCCAGCUGUACCGUGCCGCGUACGGCAAGACCCGCAAGGAGAUGCAGAAGGGUGACGGCGAUGGCGUUUCCGUCAUGAUGGGUGUUGGUAUUGGCCUUGCUACGUCCUUUAUUCUCUUCAAGCUCCUUCAGAGCCGAGGCCAACCCGCCCCCAAGACAAUGACGGCAGAGUGGAAGCAGGCAACCAAGGAGAAGAUUGUCGAGGGCCGCAACGCAAACCCCAUCCACAACAAGAACUUCUAAGAAACAGGAGGAAGGGACGUCCCAUGUUCUCUUUCGUGUACGCUUUCUUGUUUGUGCGAUGUUGUGUUUAAUGGUGCAGUCAUUCGAGCGAUCAUUCUGAUCCAUCCCCCCAUUUCUUCCCCUUUGUCUCUUUUCUCUUUUCUCCCUCUUCUCUCUCCCUUGUCCCUUGUGCAACCGACUAACUUUUUUGUUUCGUGUCCAGUGCGACUGCCGUAGUUGUCGCGUGUUGUGUGUCUUGUGUUUUGGUGUCCCAUCACGACAGGUGGCGUGGUGUGUUUGAGUUGAGCAUGGCUGUUGUUUGUUGUCGUCGUCAUUGCUGGCACGUGUGUGUGUGUGUGUGUGUACGUGUACGUGUGUGCAUGCGUAUGUAUGUGUCUCUCUCUCCGCUGGUGUAGUGACACGCUAGUCGCAUCGUCAGUUGUUAGCGCCACUACUACACUUUCAUCUGUUUGGUGGUGGUGCAUGCGUCCAUGUACGCAUCCGUGUACGCAUCCAUGUCUGCAUCCGACCACACCACGUUGUCCUCACCCCGUCGACCACACCUUCAGCCGUGUGUUGUGUCAAGUAUAUUGUGCAAUGUAAAAUGUGUGUGACAUGAGUCGCCGAUUCGUGAGCUCUUCUUCGUUCUUGUGUCUGCUGUCGGUUUGUUUCGUGUUGUGUUGUUAUUCGUGGACGCGCACUCCUUUUUCCUCUGGGCGCGCGCGCGCGCGUGUGUGUGUGUGUUUGUCUGCUGUCGUGCAGACCAGCAACAGAAGAAGAACAAGAAGAACAAGAGCGAGA